CCUCACUCUCAGCCUCACUAACAUGGAGAUGGUCGUCUUUGAAAAUGAACCUGAAGUCUUGAUGGAAAACAUCUCUAAUAAAGGCCACAGAGACACAUCUGCAGCACCAGGUCUGAAGCUGUACAGGUGUGUUGCUGUGUCUUUUGGUCUCCUCUGCAUCCUUCAGGUUGCUCUCAACAUUUCCUUGAGACUUCCUCUCAACUGUGAAGCCAGGACCAAACAGCUGACUGAAGAGAGAGAUGAGCUGAAGGGGAAUCUGAAUGACUCCAUUUUAGGUCAUGAAGACGAGAUAAAAAUCCUGACUGGAGAGAGAGAUGAGCUGAAGAGGAGACUGGAUGACAUAAUUUCAGGUAAUGAAGCCAAAAUUAAAACCCUGACUGGAGAGAGAGAUGAGCUGAAGAGGAGACUGGAUGCCUUUACUCACAGGUCCCAUAAUGGAUGGCUGUAUUUCAGCCAUAGUUUCUACUAUAUUUCUCAAAUCAAGAAAACCUGGCACGACAGUAGGAAUGACUGUUUGAAAAGAGGAGCAGAUCUGGUGAUUAUCAACAGCAGAGAAGAGCAGGAAUUCAUUAAAGGAUUGGUGCAAAACCUGAUGUGGAUUGGGCUGUCCAAGAGAGAUGGGAUUUGGGAAUGGGUAGAUGGGACUCGCCUGGCUCAAAGUUUCUGGUGCUCCGGGGAGCCGAAUAAUCAUAAAAGUGGAAAUGAAGAUUGUGGAGAAAUACGCAGCUGCAGCGACGACCACGGCUGGAAUGAUGAAGAAUGUAGUUAUUCCAGUCUCUGGAUCUGUGAGAAGAAAAUGGCUCUAUAACUUACCAGCUGUGGUUUAAGAACAAAAACCCUAACCUCCCCCCUUUUUUUAUGAUUUUAUUUGUCAUGGCCAAUAGCAGCAAUAAACCUGUAGUGCAGUUGGAUUAACAUCAGUUAAGGUAAAAAUAAAUACAUUUUGUACUUUUAAUAAAAACUGCUUUGUGUUUUAGAACCUGGCUCUUACGCCCUGUGCCCCUUCUGUUACCACUGCCGUGGUAAGCCCCAGCCCUGUCCAGUUUAGUUUUGUCUGGCAGGCAGGCCU